CUGUGCUCGUGUCUCGUGGUAACUCACUGACAGGCGCUCGCCGCUGCCCCACUCGCUCACUAUGCGCUCACUUACUUCACUGCCACUCCUUUUCGCCCUCCUCGCAGACGCAGCCACGCUCCCCUUCCACGUCCACUCCCCCAACUCCUUCCUCCAGUCCCGCCAGUCCUCGACCUCCACCAAUGGCACGAUCCCCGUCGGCAACACCCAAAACUCCUUCUAUUACAGCAACAUCACGCUCGGUGGACGGACGAUAUCCGUCAUGCUAGACACUGGCAGCUCGGACCUCUGGGUGACCGGCUCCGUACCUAGCACGACAAACACCGGAAAGUCCGUCACGCUUUCGUAUGCCGUAGGCCAGGCCAAAGGCAACAUCAACACCGCGACUUUCCAGUUCGGCGGGUACACCGUCAACGACCAAGCCUUCCUCCUCGUCACCGACACCUCUUCCUUCUCCACCAACAUCCACGCCGAGGGAUACGAUGGCCUACUCGGCCUCGGGCCCAACACCGGCUCCUCGAUUUACAAGGAGCUCGACAACGCGUCGGGAAACAGCCCCAUGAACCGCAUCUUCCAGAACAACGCGUCAAAUACGAACAACUACAUCACGCUCCUGCUUAACAGGCAGAACGACCCCGCGAGCACGAAUGUCACAGGCCAAUUCACGAUCGGGGAGAUUGUACCCGGGUACGAGGCAAUAUCGAAUAUGCCGCAAGUGGCGAUCGAGAAGGUAUACAAGCUCACCGACCAAGACCAACACUGGCAAGUCCUCACCGACAAAGACAAGGGCAUCAUCGGGCCGGACGGGCAGCCCAUCCAGGCCGACAGCAUCGUGCCCAAGGCGCCCGACGGGCAGCUCGUCGCGGUGUUCGACUCGGGGUACACGCUCCCGCAGGUGCCGCGCGACGUCUCGGACGCGAUCUACGGCCGCGUGCAGGGCGCGGAGUGGUCCGCGGCGUACGGCGCGUGGCUGAUUCCGUGUGGGCAGCUGGUGAAUAUUACGAUUAAUAUCGGGGGGAACGCGUAUCCGGUGCAUCCGCUUGAUGCGAGCAGCAGUGAUUUUGGGGUGACGUUUGCGAAUGGGGGGACGGCGUGUCUCGGGACGUUUCAACCGGUCACGUCUGCGUUUAGCUUGCUCGGGGAGUACGAUAUGAUCCUCGGGAUGGCAUUCCUCCGCAACACCUACACGCUCAUCAACUUCGGCUCCAUGGUCUCCUCCGGAUCCACCACCGCCCCCGCCUACGCGCAGCUCCUCAGCACCACCAACUGGGACCAAGCCGUGCAAGACUUCAUCGCCGUCCGGCAGGGCGGGCAGAACCAGAUCGGCGCGGCGCAGUACGCGCUGCUGCCCGCGGGGCAGGAACAGCACUCGCCCGAGAGCGCGGCGGAGAAGAAGGCGCACUACGAAGAGGAGGUGCUCAGCCGGUGGCCGUACAUUCUCGCGGGGUGCAUCGUGUUCGUCGUGCUCGUCGUCGGGCUGUGCGUGUGGCGCUGCUGCAAGCGCCGGAGAGCGCGCCGGGCGCGCGCCGCUGCGCAGGCUGGUGCGUCGACCGGCGGCGGCGGGGGGGCGGGGCGGAGGGGCGGAAGGCGCGUAUGCGCAGCUGCACGAGUCGCAGAGUACGGCGGAUCUGGCGAUGACGCCUGUGAACCGCGGGUAUAACAGCAGUAGUGGCAGCCACACGGGCGGGUACGACGAGCGCGCGUCGUCGUUCAUGCCCCCGCCGUCGCCGUCGCCGUCGCCGUCACACUCGCCGUCGUUUAUGGGGAACCCGCCGGCGUACCGCGCGUCGUACGAUCUGCAGGGCGACCACAAGGGCUCGCUGUCGCCGCAUAGUCCGGCGUAUUGAGGUGGUAGUUUGCAAUGCAAUGUUUGGGGGGUUGUGUAAAGUAGCUACAUGUCGCGCGUGCACUAUAUAUAUAAUGUCUAGUAUGGUAGAGUACUAGUGGACACUGGAGGGACUUUGCUGCCUGUUCAUUUCCUUUCCUUUUGCUGUUUCUUUCUCGGUAGCUGGCUACGAUUCGGAGAAGAGGUCCCGUAGAUGACGCGCGCCGCGUGCGCAUGCUGUGCUGUAUCCUGCUGUCUCGUCGUCAAUGCUGUUGCUUUCGGAC